UGUAAUUUUACAACUAGAAAGGCUGCAAUGCGUUGUUGUUGUAAAUAAACGAUCGGCUAAUCAGUUGAAUCAGUUUUAUAACGAAUAACGACUUAUAGAUCUCAUUUAUCUAAUCUGAGUUAUGUAUUGUGGAUCGAAAAUUUUUAUUUCUAAACCAGUGGUAGUUAGAUUUGAGCUACGUUCCUGGUGCUGAAUGAGAGUUAUAAAAUGACAGUGUAAAAGAAUUUACGGAAGGCGUAGUGUCCAGGAACUUCUUUGGAACGUGGAGUUAAAAAAAAACUAUUCAUAUUAAAUGACAAUCUAGAUUCUUAUCUAUGAAGAGAUAGAUGGAGAACGUGAGUGUAACCAAUGAAUAUAAUUUCAAGAGUGCACGAGUGCACAUAUCGUUCGAGUGUGUCCAGUGUUAAUUGUCUUGAAAUGAUAUCGCGGGUCUCAUCUUCGCGGGUUGUGUUUCCUAGCACAGGAUCAUGAAAAUGACUUGAGAAACAGCUCGUCGACAGCGGCUCUCUUAUACUUGGGUGUGUACUUGUUUAAGUUACCCUUAAAGUGAUGAUAUGAGCAGCGACUCCCAUUCCCGCGAUAAUCCUAGAUUUGAAAACCAAGUGUAACUGGAAGCAGAGAACAUGGAAUAUCGUCUACUCGACGAGGAUGCCUGGUGUUAUUGGGUCGUCUCCGUUGGGGCUUUAUUCUCCUUCGUUGCCCUGGUUGCUGCUUGCGUCUGUAGCUGUCGCCGGAAUGAGAAUAAGAGCGAGUUUCUGGGACUUGCGGGUAUGGUAACAAUCGCCCAUCCUGACAAUGAAGGUUUCAACAGAGUGCCAACAACGGAUGCUUCCCAGCCUGUUACACAGGAUACCACUGAUGGAGGAAAAAGAUCCACAGGAGCAAACAGAAGUCUUCCAGACAUUCCAAAGGAUAAAAGUGCAGCACUUGAGAAUAGGAUUGAAGCUAACACCCAGGACAUAAUCUACGAGGCGAACGAGACCAUCGGUGAUCCAUCUGAGCUGUAUGCAACUGUUGAAGAUAAAGGUGAUGCAAGAAAGCAUGUCAGAGAAAUACCAAGCAUCUCCCAACAAAGUUCCCUUGUUCAGGAUGACGCUGUAUCGCCAUAUGCAAGAUUAAAAAGUCCCAACUCUAACAAUGAUGAACAUCCUUAUGCCCAAGUUCAAAAUAUUCAGAAGACUGAGGCUAAUUCACAAAAUAGGAAUACGACCACCCACUUGAUAGACACUAAUAAGCCAUCAACCUCGAGUAAUCAUACAAACUGCAAUCCCGUCGCGCCGCCGCGAACUCGCAAAUCCUCAUCGCACAAUUCUCUCCUGAAUGUAGAAACUUCGUUAGACAUUCAAGCAGCCAGCGCCAUAACCGGUGGAGUCCAGGCCAAUCAGGACUUGCCCUAUAUGACACCACCGAUUCUAAUGCCUCUACCGCACCCACCACAAUCCCAGCACGAGAGUCCGCAGCAACAUUUCAGCGGUGAUUCACAAGAUUCGAAAGGUUAUACAAGCAUAAGUGUACGGGAACCCUUGGCCAAUAUAAUAGCUCAAACUAAAGCAGCACAGCAGCAACGUCAAUCAUCGCGGACUCUCACGGAUCCACAUUAUGCCACAGUUUCAGAUGAUUCAGAUGAAAUGUAUGCUGCCAUCGACGAACAGGAUAAAGUUUACACUAGUGGUAGCGAAACCUAUGCUCAGAUCCAACCAGCAAUUGUGGAUCCAGUCAGAACUACUCAGAGUGAUCAACCUAAUGUCAAUCAAACUUCACAUCUUGAGGAGUCUCAUCCGUCCGCUCCGCAGCCACCGAGCGUAGACAGUCUUCGCCACGUAGCUCAUGCCCACUCCAGACAAGCAUCAUCUUCGAGUGCCACCAGCUCCGUCGCCAAUCUGGGUUCGCCAAAACCAGAGAAACGACAAGCCAAUUCUCCUCUACCUCCACCACCCGAAGGAACAAACGACGUCUACGCGUUGGUCGAUAAACGCGGUAAGGGUGGCGAGGAUCGUUUAAGAUCAAGCGUAUCCUCAGGAAAGUCCUUAGAAGACAUGUACGCUAAAGUCGUGAAGAAAAAGCGAGACACCGAAGACGAGGUACAGGAUGCUGCUAUAGUCGGCAAUGCUAACCAAAAUUCUGAGAUGCCACUGCCAAACAGAAAGCUCAGCCUAAUAGAAAUUAGUCGAGCCUCAUGGUCUAGUCACGAUUCCGUAGAAAUACAAAAACGCGAGCCUGAAGGUUCGCACUUUGCCGCAACAAAUCCGACAGGAAAUUUUCACAACGAGGUAGAUAUUGAUUAUCUAAAGAUACAAAGAAAAUCCGAAGGUGACGCCAGUCGAUCUACUUCCGGUUUUGAUCAUGGCUACGAGGCGGUGGAUACAACUCGUAAGAGCGCUCCCGUGACAAGGACUAUUUCCGGAAAUGAUCCGAACUACGAAGUGCUACGUCCUCAGUAUUCCAGGGUAGAGGAUUCUCAUCAUCAAGGAAACUCUAAAGUCAUUAGAAAUGGUAUAGAUGUCCUUCCCAUGUAUUCAUUACCUUUUAAGCACAGACAAAUCAGUAAUGCCAGUAGCGAAGAUCCUGGAUAUGAAAAAGUCAGAUUAAGGAGGAGGAUCGACCUGGACCAGGAUACUGAUUCCGAACCAAAUUAUGAGAGUAUGCCGCACGAUUCCGGGGAACCAAAUUACGCGUCAGUUUGUCGACCUGGUGACAGCGAUACGGAUCCUAAUUACGAGUCGGUGAGUCACAGUGAUCCGAAUUACGAGAGCGUUAAGUAUAUGAGCGUUACGCAAAAUGAGGAUCCUCCUUAUGAGCAAGUGAACAAUUAUAAGCAGAUUGAUGCUGAUCGUGAUGGUUAUGAGAAGGUUCGAAUUAAUCGAACUGAUAAAGGCAUCGAUUCUGAUUAUGAAAAGAUCAGUUUGAAUUAUUCUGUUGAACAAUCCAAUGACGGAGAAAGCGAUGACGAACAAUACGUUCAGGUCUAAUUUAAUUCCUGCGAAUGACUGAUCGAUGACGAUGAUGUACGAAAUAAAAUGGCUACUUUCAUUGCACGGGCGAAUAUCAUGGAAGAGUUUAUCUUUUUGAUAUUUACGUAAAUUUACCAAAAAUCUGAUUUGAUGUUCGAGAAAAAAUGUCGUUUAAUUAAUAUAUCGAUCAGAUAAUAAAUUUCGACUUUUAGUCUAGUAUAAAUUUUGAACUUUAUCUUUUUCAUUAUUCCAAUUGAAAUAUACAUGCCUGUAUAAUAUUGCAACUGCCUUGACAUUAUGGGGAGGAUAAGACUGAACAGUGAGACAAGCUUAACAAGCGAAGGAUUCUUUGUCGCACAAUUACUUUGUCAUUAUAUUAUUAUACUCAGGAUGUUAUAUCAAGAAAGCGUAUAUCGAGUGAGAGAUAAAGCCAAUUUUAUUUCAUACAUCUCGGGCGCCAAUACGUUGUCGUUUAUAAACGUAAUCGCAGAAAAACGCAUGGGGAAUUAAAUUCUUUUUCGUCGUCGUACGUUUAAUGAUUCCAUUAAUAAUUCCAUAGUGACGAAUGAGAACUUCAAUUUAAAUAUUAUCAAAAUAUUUCAAUUAAACUAUUGGAAUCACUAGACAUAGUUUUACAUUAAUACAGCUCGCUGUAACACAUGUAAAUACUAUAGCAUAUUUUUCAUAUUGUAUUUGCAUAGCUGAACGAUAUAUAUUAUUUAUAUUUAUUUAUUAAUACGUGAAAUUACGCGUAUCGAUUCGACUAAGGCAAAACAACGAUCCGCCAUAAGUCAUAAUAAUUUCUGAUGUUCAUUUCAUAUUUCUUGUUGUAAAUUUAUUCAUUAUUUUUUUUUAAUUUUUUAAUUGAUCGCUCGAACGUACUAAACGUAAUUCAUCGAAGGAUAGAAGUAAAUGAAAGAAAAAGGAAACGAAAGUGAGCAAUGCCUUUAUCAUAAUCGAUCAAUUAAGUGAUCUAUAUUUUUUUAUACAUUAUAUUGGCUCUUGGUAUAUCAGCUGGUCUGUUUAUAAUUCCAAAUCGAUCAAACACGAUAACAAUUGCUAAGAUCUUUGCCAUUGUUAAGUUUUCUUUGGGACUAUCAAUCAGUCUUAUUAAAAUUUCACUUCGCUUCACUCCUCACUCUAACGAUGAAAAUCAGCAUAUUCUAUAUAAUAGCAUGGGGCAAGAAUAGAAAAAGAAUAUAUAAGCUCUGGUGUGGAAAGUUACCUUGUGACAAUGUUGAUAGACCAAAUGUCUAUUGACAUUUUUAGUUGAACAUUCUAAAAGUUCAUAUAACUUUGUACCAAUAAAUUUCAUAUAGCCUAUUCGUAGUUGUUGCAAAGAGAGUGAAUUUUGUCAAAGAGAUAAUAACACCAUGAGUAAACAUAAAAGCAUAAGAAUCAUGCAUAAAACUAAUAGUACGGUUAACAAUUGGCUUUCGGAUUAGAGCUGCAUUUGGAAAUUCCAACCAGCACCAACUCGUAAGCCAAUUGUAACCAUAUGAACAAUGGCUACGAAAGCCUUAAAAACUUUAACUGAUAGUAUCUUUUUAAUUUCUUUUUAUUUCAAUAUAAAUAAAAACGUUUAUAUAUUUAUUGCUUUUUCCAAGAUAUUUGCAUAAGUAAUCGUGGACAUCCAACAGCUAAGGAUACUCGCCAGGAAGAACACUCUGAGGAAAUGUAACAACUAUGAGUAAGGUUCUUGGGCUGUAAUUGCACAACUAAUGCUCAUCCAUGCCAGCAAGGACUGUACAAAAGAAUAAUAAUAUAUAACAUCAGCUAUCACGUUAUUCAAGUUUGCAUUGACAUAAUAAGCACAUAUUUGUAUCUUGCGCAAUGAUAAAUCCUGCAAUUCCUCGCUAAUAUUUCAUGCCUGGGAUAACCAACAAGCUUUUAUCCAAAAAUCACAUGAACAGAUGCAUUUAGAUUUUAUCAUGGUCCUAAUAGUACAGAGAAUGCGUAAGGUGACUUUUACGCAAAAUAAUAAAUAAUAAGUAAAAGAGAAUCCCAAUGGAAACUAUUGUUAAUAAAAUAUUGUUAGAAACGAAAAUAUGGUCAUUGAUGACCGAUAUACUAUUUUCUUAGAAUUAUAUUCCUUCUGCGUAGGAAGGCCUUUCGUACCGUUAUUGAGUGCAAUUGCCAAUCGUGUAAUACUUUUGUGACUGAUAUAUGCUAGAUAAUGAUGACGAUAAUAAUAAUAUUAAUAAGUAUAACAAUAAUCAUGCCUACUAACACUUAUAUUGUAGAAGGGUAACCAGAAAUUCAUCGCCCUGAUGACAUUAUAACGACUCAUUAAGAAAGUAUAAUAUAUUAUAUAUAUAUACGUAACUAAAAAAAAAGAGGAAAAAAGUUGAGCCCCCAGUGGCUUUAUACAACAGACAGAUGCCAUUCCGUUAAAUUACAUAAUUAAGAGAACGACAAAAAGGAAAUAGAGGAAAAAAGAUUCCAUCUAAAUUCUGUAUUCAAUAAUGUUAAAAUUUGCAUUUUUCUAGUUAAACGUUAAAAAACUUUAUAUACAGUCGAAAGGAACGUCGUUGGUACUUGUAACUUCGAAAAACUCUAACGGCAUUCGCUUGUAUAUAACAUGAUAUUUUAUUAAUAGACAAUUUAAUAAUGAAAAGAAAAAAGCGUGGUACUCAUUCGCAGGAACCUCUUUUUCAUACCUCUUAAUAUUCAGCUGACACUUAGUAUGAAUAUCGACAGUGACAUAGGAGAUUAAGGAGUAGCGUCGAUGAAUAUGAAUAAAAUGGAGUUUUUUGAUUUUGAUUAAAAAAAUGUAUUAUUCUCA